AUGAUCAAGUCGGCUAACCACGUGGUGACCAACCUGACCGACAUCAUCGACAACAACACGGCCACGCCGGAGAAGAUCCGCGAGCUUGCGGAGCAGAUCCAGCAGUACACGCUACAGCUGCAGCCGGACCAGAUCCAAACGCUGGCCGAGCAGAUCGACGAGGCAGUGUCGCACCUGGAGUCGAUUAUCCGGAACACCGAGCACGAUCUGAAGCAGCAGGAUUACGCGCCAAGUAGGAUAGGUUUGGGGAGGGAACCAAGACAGUCGAUCAAGCGCGCCAACGAGGACAUUCAGUCGGUUAAGAUUGAUCUUGAAGAGAUUGACAAGGAAACGGACGACGCGUACAACCGGGCCAUCGUGGCCGCCGGCAAGGUGGACGAGCUGGAGACGCGCCUCAACAAGCUGCACGUGAGCAACGUGCAGAACCAGCAGGACGCCGAGGAGAUCAUCAAGCAGGCGGAAACGGUCAAGGAGUCGGCCAACAAUGCGCAUGUACUAAGACUCGGAAUAUCGUUACAGCUGAAGGAUACGUACAAAACGGCGGUAGCGACGCUGACCGUAAGAUCGAACGCGUCCGAGAGUGCACGCGAACGGGCCCAGAACCUGCUGAACCGUGCCUCCAAGAACACCGUUGAGACCACCUUUCAGCUUAAGAAAUUUGAGUCUGGAAUCUGCGAGGAGGAGAAACUCGAGCUGCAGAAGCUGAUAGAGCGGGUCCCCGUCUGCUGCGUGCCAUCUACAAGAUCGUCCUACAUCGCGAGUGGGCCCAGCUGCAGACAAGUGUUCAAUGCUGUGCAAAAUGAUCGAUCGGCGCAUGUGGCAGAGCAUGUCCCCGUUACGCCAGUUGCUAGGAUAGAUCGAGAAGAAGAUAGGAAAAAAAACUUCCCGUGGGAGCGGCUGUACGAUCUGGAAGCGGACAAGAUUGAGCUGCACAAAACGUACGAGUCGAACCAAAAGGACCUGGACUCGCUCGAGAGCAAGAUCCAGGGCCUGACAGAGCAGAUCAACACGCACCUCAACAAGAUCCAAAGUGACGCCGACCGGUACCGCCAGUGCACGACGUGA